UUUGUGUUCGUCUUCGCUCUUGCGGCAAAUUCAUUAACAAACGCAUACGACUACGAAUGUAAUGUGCCUCUUUUGGAUAGAGCUCAUUUAACAGCAACUACGUUUCUACCGGAGAGAGGACCUAACAAUGCGAGACUUAACGGUGGAUACUAACAAAGAACAAUAAUAAGGCCGUACAUAAAGAGAGUAGAAUAUUAUGAAUUUUAUAAUAAUUUAAUUAAUGAAAAGAUAUAAUAUCAAUGUUGAUAAAAUGAGUCAAAGCGUUCGCUGGGCAUUUAAUUGGAAAGAAUGGAGUCCAAAUGAAAAAGAAUUUUCACGUGCAAUUUCUUGUGUACAACUAGAAGAGAAGGAAAGAUUAGAUAGAUUCGUAUUUCGGAAGGAUGUUAGGGCUUCUCUCAUAGGUAGAUUAUUAAUGAGAAAGUUUGUUAAUGAGUAUACACAUAUCCCAUAUGAUAAAAUAGUAUUUACAAGAGAUAACAAUAACAAACCUAUUUUAAAGAACUCUGCAAUAAAUAUUAGCUUUAAUGUUUCGCAUCAAGGAUAUUACAGUGUGUUAGCAGGUGAAGUUAGAGAUGUAUUAUUGGGUGUAGAUAUUAUGAAAUUAGAAUAUACAGGUGGUAAACAAUUAUCUGAAUUUUUUCGUAUUAUGAAUAGAAACUUUUCAUCUUCCGAAUGGGAAGAAAUCCGAGGUAGUACAACUUGCAUGGAAGUUGAACAAAUUAGUAUGUUCUGUAGACAUUGGGCUUUAAAAGAAAGCUUUGUUAAAGCUUUGGGAAUAGGAAUAGUUACAGAUCUUAGAACGAUCGAUUUCAAGACAAAUUCAAAAUUGGUUCCGAAUAAAUUAGUAUGCGAUACUGUGUUAUAUCAAAAAGGAAAUAAACAAAAUUGGUUAUUUGAAGAAUCAUUGUUGGACUCUGAGCAUUGUGUUGCUGUAGCUUUACAAGAAAAUGGAAUAGCACCUAAAUCCCAAAAUAAAAUGUUUGAACUGUUGGAUUAUAAUAAACUUUUAGUGAAUGCUAUACCUAUGCAUUUAGAAGAUGAACAAUAUGUGAAAAAAUAUUUUAGUAAAAAUGAGAAACCUUAAACAUCUCUAGCAGAGCUUGCAAUAAUAUUUGAUAAUGUACAUAAUUUUUGUUUUAUGGGAAAAUAAAUUUAUAUAAACUAA